UUGAAACAAAUAACAAAUUUAUUACAAAAUUGUCGGUCAUGGCGCGGAACAAGAAGGGCAAAAAUGUUGAUUGGGCCGAUGACGAGCACUUCUCAAAAGAUCGGAGCAUUUUCUACAUAGAGCACACAACAGAAUGCCCCAUCUUUCAUACGAAAGCUGAAGAGUGCUUAACCUUCUUCCAGCAGCGCAUUCCGGAGCGCCAAUUCCAAUUGGUGCGCAACAGGAAUGGCAAACAGGUGCCCCGAGAUGGAGCCUUUGAGGUUUGUAUUGCACAGAAUGCUCGCACUUCCCAGCACGAGCUGUGGUCGGGUCUGAACAGAGGACCGCCCCGACGGGAUAAGUUUCCACUGUACGAGGACCUCGUUGCCGAUGUGCAUCGCGUCCUGAGAAAGUUCUACCCGGACAAGGUUGCGCCUGAGGAUGACGAAGAAAUUGGAGAUUUGUAGCUGGCUCAUUAGAAUACUGAAAAUAUGACAAUGAAAGCUCAUUGUUGAGAAAUGAAUAUUUUUGAAAUUUCAAUAAUCAUCAUAUUUCCAUAACAAAGCAGCAUGAAUAUAAAGCUAAUGCGUCUUAUUGU